AGUGGUUUUGGACCACAAUGAUGUGUCUGUUAGGCUUCCCUAUUUUACGCCACUAUUAACCAGCGAUUGUCUUUAUGUUCGAUAGCGCAUCAACCCAAUUGGUUAAUGCUCAAUGCAGUGCACGCCUGCGUAGUUUUCGGAUGCUGUGAAAAAAAUGGCUUUUGGGGAAUAGUGUUGUUUGAGUGUUGUGGUAGAUUUUUAAAAUUAUCGAAAUAACACGUUCCAAAAAUAAAAAGAAAAAAUUGUGGAGACACUUUAGGAAAAAAUAAACUUUAGGAUAAAAUGUACUCCACUGCGAACUUAACAGACAAGGAGUUAAAGGACCAGGGAAACAGACUUUUUACGUUAUGGAAAUACGAGGAUGCAGUAAAUUGUUACACUAAAGCCAUCAUAAAAAAUCCAAAUGUGCCGACUUACUUCACAAACAGAGCACUUUGCCACCUCAAGACAAAAAGGUGGGAGGAAGCGUGCCAGGACUGCCGAAGAGCACUCGACAUGGAUCCAAAUUUAAUCAAAGGACAUUUUUUUCUGGGGCAAGCUUUAUUAGAAAUGGAUAAUUAUGAUGAAGCAAUAAAACAUUUACAGAGAGCAAAUGAUCUAGCUAAGGAACAGAAAUUAAAUUUUGGUGAUGACAUUUCAAGUCAGCUAAGGGCAGCCCGGAAAAAGAGGUGGACUGUACAAGAAGAAAAACGAAUUGCACAAGAGAUAGAACUACAGGAGGAAGAGCAUUGAAGAGUUUUGCUCCAGUGUAGUGGACACACUUUUGCGCCAAGCUCAAAUUUCUGAGCUCGCUGUGUAUGUCAUUCUUUCUCCGUGUGCUAUGCUCAUGAUAACUACUGUUUGGUUGAAAUAUCUGUAUAUUUUUACAAACAAAACACAUGAGAGAAAAAAUAUAUUGGCAAGUAGUUGUGUA